AUGCCCAUGAAGCUGUACGCGCACCCUGCCAACUACAAGACGCACAAGGCCCUGAUCGCCGCCAAGUACGUCGGGCUCGAGGUCGAGACCCCCGCGGGCGCCGCGGCGGCCCAGACCGGGAAGAUCCCGGUGCUCGAGACGCCCCAGGGUUGCAUCUUCUCCAGCGCGGCCAUCGCGCGCUACAUCUCCCGCAUCAACCGGCAAGUGGCGCUCUACGGCCAGAACCUCCUGGAGGGCGGCAUGAUCGAUUCCUGGAUCGAGUUCUGCACCCACGAGCUGGAGGUGCCGUUGUGCACGUGGGUGUUGCCUAAGAUGGGCGUCUUCGAGGAGGUCCCCGAGGCGACGGCGUGCGCGAAGGAGGACGUGAAACGCGCCCUCACAGUGCUGAACAACCAUCUGUUGCACAACACCUACAUGGUAGGUGGGGUUCGCGGUCCGAGGUUGUGUUUUCCUCGGUUCUUUGAGGUUGCCCUGCCUCGAGAUGCGUUCCAGCGGCUGCGCUUCGCCGAGAGCGUUCCGGGAUUGCCCCGCUCGUCUUGA